AUGAUGCUCAACUCAGACACCGUGGAGCUGGACCUGCCUCCCACACACUCGGAGACGGAGUCCGGCUUCAGCGACUGUGGGGGCGGGGCGGGCCCCGAUGGGGCUGGGUCCGGGGGUCCCGGAGGGGGCCAGGCUCGGGGUUCCGAGCUGGGAGAGACCGGCCGGAAAGACCUGCAGCACCUGAGCCGCGAGGAGCGCCGGCGCCGGCGCCGCGCCACCGCCAAGUACCGCACGGCGCACGCCACGCGGGAGCGCAUCCGCGUGGAAGCCUUCAACCUGGCCUUCGCCGAGCUGCGCAAGCUGCUGCCCACGCUGCCCCCCGACAAGAAGCUCUCCAAGAUCGAGAUCCUGCGCCUCGCCAUCUGCUACAUCUCCUACCUGAACCAUGUGCUGGAUGUCUGA